AUGGGAUCUAAAUUGUCAUGUAUGUCUAAACAAUCUGAAAAUAAUGGAAAAAUACCAAAAUCAAAGAAACCAAAAUUACUUACUAAAGAUGAAGCAACAAACGAGGUAGUUACAGUGACAACAAAGGUUAUUGAAGAUAAAUCUGAACCCCCUAUAACAACUGACGAUUCAAUCAAUAAUCAUAUUGUACCCAAUGAUAAUGAAACAAUUAAACUACGAUCUCAUAUAUCUAUCUUAGAACCAGCACCAUCUAAUUAUGAAUUACCUAAACCAUUAUCUAUGUCACCUACAAUGAAUAUUUCAUCAAAUUCAAUUAAACCAACAUUAGAUCCAUCAACAUUUACUAAACAAUUGAUUAUUAAUAAAUCAACAUUAGAUGAUAAUCAUAUUGCUCAACCUGUUGAUACAAUAGCACGUGAAUUAGCUAGAAGUCAUAGUAAACCAGCAACAUGGAAAGAUUUAUAUUGGUCAUUAAUUGGUAAACGUAAUCUCAUGAAUGAUGAAUUAAAAGUUAAAGCAUUAUUUUCAUGGUUAUGUUCAAUACCAGUUGGUUCUAUACCAUUUUUAACUUAUGAUGAAUUACAACAAGCUGAACAAGAUGAUAUACAAUAUGCUAAAGAAGCUAUAAAGAAUAAAUCGAAAAAAUUAAAAUUAGAUUCACCAGAAUUUAUAUUAAAUGAAAUGUCAUAUGGUAAAGCAACAUAUCUUCAAGCUUUUGAAUCAUUAUGUCAUUAUUCAAAUAUACCAUGUGUAACAGUGAAAGGUUUAGCUAAAGGUGUUGAUUAUGUAGUUGGUAUGCGUUUAAAUGAUAUAAAUGAUCAAUUACAACAACAACAACAAUCAUCAUCAUCAUCGGCAUCAUCAUCAAUUAUGCAUCGAUUACAACAUGCAUGGAAUGCUGCUUAUUUAGAUAAUAAAUGGGCAUUAUUUGAUCCAAUGUGGGCAGCGCAACGUUUAGCUGUUAGUGCUAAUACACGUUUAUCCCAAUUAGUACAAACUGGUCAAAUGGAUUAUGAAACGGAUAUGUUUUAUUUUAAUGUUGAUCCAGCUAAAUUUAUUUAUUCACAUUAUCCAUUUGAUGAAAAUUGGCAAAUGUUAAAACCACCAGUUACAUUAAAGGAAUUUGAAAACAGUGUUCUAUUGAAACCAGCUUUCUUCCGUCAUGGUCUUGGAUUACUAUCACAUCAAGAUUGUGUUAUACUUGCACCAAAUAAACUUGUUAUAAAAUUAUCCAUGCCAAAAACUUUAACGGAUACAUUGAAAUUUACAUUCAAUUUAAAAUAUGAAGGGAAGGAUGAUAAUCUAGAUUUACCAAAUCUAAGUCAAUUUGGAAUACAUGAAUUAUCAAGACGUGAUGCAACGGUUACAUUUCAUUUUCGUUUCCCAAAACCUGGAGGUUAUAAGCUUACUUUAUAUGCACAACGUAUUGGUGAAAAGUUAUUUGCAGAUAUAUGUGAAUAUCGUGUAGAAUCAAAAAUGAGUACCGAUUUACAACAAACAGAACCGGUUGUUAUGGAUACUAGUACUACUACUACUAUCAAUAAUAAUAAUGAUAAUGAUACUUCAAAACCAGCUCUUACAAUUUUACCAUUUCCUCCAACAUCACAAGGACAUUAUGGCCCAGCUGAAAAAGCUAAAGAAUUAGAUAUUAUUACUAUACCAGAAGAUUUAGAAACUCACUUAAAUUGUCAUACUGGAAUAUUAGAAAUUAAAUUUACAACUAAAGAUCCACAACGCAAGCUUCCACGUUUAACUGCACGUUUAAAAUCAUCAAUUCAUGAAACAUCAAUGCUUACUGAUUGUAUACUAUUGCGUAAUAUUGAAGCAACUUCAUCGGGUAGUUUAAUUUCUGCAACAAAUCGUUUAUCUGGUACACAAACUAUACAAGGAUCACGUAUUAAUAUGAUAAUAUUGACAGCAUAUUUACCAACAGGUGGUGAAUAUGCAUUAGAAGUUUAUGGUGCACCAGCUGAUUCAGAUGAAAAUACUUCAUAUUUCUUGGUUUGGCAGUUUUUAAUCAAUUCUGAAUAUGGAGUUCGAUUAUCUACUCCAGUUAGAAAACGUUUAGCUACAAUGAAUCUAGGUCCUCAAGAUGAAACAUGGUCUACAUUAGGUUUAAAAUUACUUAGUCAUGAUGAUCCUUUAAUUCAUGUUCCAACAGCUGGUUCUAUUGAAUUACGAAAAACUCGAAGUAAAUCAGAAAUUAUGAGUCAGUAUAUGAGUCAAGGAGAUAAAAUUAUGAAUGGUGUAUCUACAAAUGAUUCAUUAAUAGUUCCUACAACAUCACCAGAUCAAACGAAUGAAAUAGAUGAUGAAGUACAAGAUCCACGUAGUUGUGAUUUGAAAAUAAGAAUUUCCAAAGAAUCUCAACAAAAACUUUAUGUCGUUGGACAGUUUGUAGAUAUAAGUACACCAGAGGAAGAGGAUUGUACAAAUUAUCUUUUACAACAAUGGGAUGAAAAUGAAGAACCAAAUAUAACUGAACAUUUAACCUAUUUUAUUCGUAUACCAAAAGGUGAUCAUUUUUAUAAAUUAUAUAUAUAUGCAAUACCAAUUAAUAAUAAUGAAUUACCACAAUCAUUACCAUUAGUUUAUACAUAUUUAAUUGAAGCACCACCACGUAUUAUGUCAUCUGAAAUACCAUAUAUUGGUGUAAAAUGGGGUGGAUUUCCUGAAAAAUUAGAACAACAACAACAACACCACCACCACCAACAACAAAACCACCUCCACCCCCAACAACAACAACAACAACAACAAAUAACUAUUACAUAAUUCUUGAAAUCGACUUCUGUUUUUUUUGUAAUUUUUUUUCGAGCGCCAUUUUAAUAUUGUAAAAAAAAACAAAACAGUAUGGUAUUAUUUUCGAAUAAGUAAUGAACUUGGACUCAUGUUUUUGUCUUGUUUUUUGCAAUUUCUUCUUUAUUGAUUUCGUGUCGUUGAUUAAGUGAAUGAUGAUGAUGAUAACUUAUGAAGACUUUCUGCUGUUGUUGUUGUUGUUGUG